AUGCUCGUCGAAGUUCAGCCCAACAGCGUCAACGGCGUCCACAGCUCGGCGAUGCCUAUAGUCCACAAACUGUCAAAGGAUCAUGACUUGGUAUUGAAGACGUUUCGGUUAUUGAUUGCAGAUCUCUGCCAGCAGUUUAAUGGGGGGCACCCCGGUGGUGCUAUUGGUAUGGCUGCGAUCGGUGUUGCGCUAUGGAAAUAUGUUAUGCGUUAUGCACCCCACACUCCGGGGUUCUUCAACCGUGAUCGUUUCGUCCUGUCAAAUGGCCACACUUGCCUGUUCCAAUACACAUUUUUGCAUCUUACAGGCUACAAGGCCAUGACAUUGGAACAGCUCAAAUCGUACCACUCUGAUCGCGUCGAUGCGCUAUGCCCCGGGCAUCCGGAGAUUGAACAAGAAGGAAUCGAAGUGACAACUGGACCAUUGGGUCAGGGUAUUGCGAAUACUGUAGGCCUGGCCAUGGCGACGAAGAAUCUCGCUGCUACCUACAACCGCCCUGGCUUCGAUGUGGUAAGCAAUCACACUUGGUGUAUGAUUGGCGAUGCUUGCUUGCAGGAGGGUGUUGGUCUCGAGGCAAUCUCGCUAGCUGGACAUUUUCGUCUAAACAACCUCACUGUCAUCUACGAUAACAACCAGGUUACCUGUGAUGGUUCAGUUGACCUUACCAACACCGAGGAUGUGAACACGAAGAUGCGUGCCUGUGGCUGGGAUGUGAUUGAGGUGACAGACGGCUGCUUUGAUAUUGAGGGCAUUGUUCGUGCAUUGGAAAAGGGUCGCUCAUCGAAGCAAAAGCCCACCUUCAUUAAUAUCAAGACAGUUAUUGGUAUUGACAGCAGCGUUGCUGGAACAGCGGCUGCCCAUGGCGCUGCUUUCGGCACUGAGAGCAUUUAUAAUAUGAAGACCGCCUACGGCUUUGACCCGGAGAAGCAUUUUGUCAUUGGCGAUUCUGUGCGCCAGUUCUUCCAGGAAAUUCCUGAGCGCGGAGAGCAGUGGGUUCAAGAAUGGGAUCAGCUAGUAAGCAACUACGCUGCCCAGCACCCUAUUCUGGCAGCCGAGUUCAUGGCCCGCGUGCGUGGCGAGCUUCCGGCCAACUGGCAGGAGUAUAUUCCAACCAGCUUCCCUGAUAAACCCACUGCCACCCGUGCAGCUUCUGGUUUAGUAUUCAACCCAAUUGCCCAAAAUAUCAACUCUUUCAUGGUCGGUACUGCAGAUCUCUCGCCAUCUGUAAACAUGAUCUGGCCUGGCAAAGUUGAUUUCCAACACCCUGAACUCCGCACAACAUGUGGCAUCAAUGGUACUUAUUCUGGCCGCUAUAUUCAUUAUGGUGUCCGCGAACAUGCCAUGGCUGCUAUCUCCAACGGUAUGGCAGCUUACUCCCCAAACACUAUCAUUCCGGUCACGUCGACCUUCUUCAUGUUUUACCUGUAUGCCGCACCCGCUGUCCGAAUGGGUGCCUUACAGCACCUCCAAAUUAUCCACGUCGCCACUCACGACUCUAUCGGUAUGGGCGAGGAUGGACCGACCCACCAACCUAUUGAAUUGGCAAAUCUGUAUCGCGCGAUGCCAAACCUUUUGUACAUCCGUCCUGCUGAUAACGAAGAGACGGCUGGUGCAUGGAUUGCUGCCAUUGGCGCCAAGCAGACCCCAAGUAUCAUUUCUACCUCUCGUCAAACUCUGCCCCAACUCCAGCACACGCGUCGUGAUGGCGUAGCCCUCGGCGCAUACGUCCUCUCUGAAGCCGAAUCAGCUGCUAUCACUUUGAUUGGGGUUGGAGCUGAACUUUCGUUUGCGGUGGAAGUUGCUGAGCAACUCAAGGUGCAGAAGGGCAUUACUGCACGCGUUGUCAGCUUCCCUUGCCAGCGCCUGUUUGAGAAACAGUCACUCGAGUACAAGCGCAACACCCUGCAGCGUCACCGCGGCAUACCAGCCGUGGUAAUUGAGCCAUAUGCGCCAAAUGGGUGGGAACGGUACGCAGAUGCAGGCAUAUGCGUGACACGCUUUGGUCAUAGUCUGCCGGGCAAAGCGGCAUACAAGUUCUUCGGAUAUGAUAUCGCUACAUUGACAACCAAGGUAGCCAGGUACCUAGAGCGGAUCCAGGAAGAUGAGCUACUUCGCGGAGAGUUUGUCGACCUGUGA